AUAUUGAAAUUGAAAUUCUUACACAUCCCCUAAUUAGACCAAAACUAAAUCACCUUCCUUUCUCCGUCUCCCAAAGCUAAACCAAACCCUAACCAAUUCUUCAUUAUUUCUUUCUAAUUCGUCGCUUUCCGAUGAUUUAUUUCGAGGUUUAUUUUCAGAUCUGAUCCACCUCAGAUUGGAUUCAUUUUGAGGAAUGGAUGAUGAUAGUGCAGAUGGAUAAAAUGUCUUCUCCUUCAUCCAGGGAGCGCACACAGCGUCUUUAUGAGAAGAAUAUAGAGCUGGAAAAUAACCGUCGGAGAUCAGCUCAGGCACGAGUAUCUUCAGACCCCAAUGCCUGGCAGCAGAUGCGCGAGAACUAUGAGGCAAUAAUUCUUGAGGACCAUGCUUUUUCUGAGCAGCACAGUAUUGAAUAUGCAUUGUGGCAGUUACAUUACAAGCGGAUUGAAGAGCUAAGAGCACAUUAUAGUGCUGUCCUAGCUUCUGCAGGAUCAAAUGCACCUCAAGGUGUGAAAGUUUCUCAACGACCUGACCGGCUUACAAAAAUACGAUUGCAGUUUAAGACAUUCCUUUCUGAGGCAACAGGAUUUUAUCAUGAUCUGAUUUUGAAAAUCAGAGCAAAGUAUGGACUUCCAUUUGGGUACUUUUCUGAUGAUUCAGAAAGGCGAACUGUUAUGGACAAAAAUGGGAAGAAAUCUGCUGACAUUAAAAAGGGUUUGGUAUCUUGUCACCGUUGUUUGAUAUACUUGGGAGACCUAGCACGGUACAAAGGAUUAUAUGGAGAUGGAGACUCUAAAUCACGUGAGUUUGUUGCAGCUUCAAGUUACUAUUUGCAUGCUGCAUCAAUUUGGCCAUCAAGUGGGAAUCCACAUCAUCAGCUAGCUAUAUUGGCAUCCUAUUCAGGAGAUGAGCUUUUGGCUGUUUAUCGAUAUUUUCGGAGUUUGGCCGUGGAUAACCCCUUUUUAACUGCAAGGGAUAACUUGAUUGUAGCAUUUGAAAAGAACCGCCUUAACUUUUCACAACUUCCUGGUGAUGUCAAGACUCCGCUGGUCAAGGAGCAUGGUCUGCGGUUAUCAGGAAAAGGUAGGGUGAAAGUUGAAGCAAAACUUGCAUCCAAAGAUUCCAAUAUGGAAUUAAGCACUGCUAAGGAGAAAGUAUCCCGUGUCCAGGAUGCUUUUAAGUUAUUUUCCAUUCGAUUUGUGCGUCUAAAUGGUAUUCUUUUUACACGCACAAGCCUGGAGACUUUUGCAGAUGUUCUUACUCUAGUGUCUCAUGAUUUAUGUGAGCUUCUCUCUUCUGGGCCAGAAGAGGAGCCGAAUUUUGGCACUGAUGCUGCUGAGAAUUCACUUCUCUUUGUUAGGCUGGUUUCCAUUCUCAUAUUUACAGUUCACAAUCUAAAGAGGGAGAAUGAAGGUCAAACGUAUGCUGAGAUUGUUCAGCGUGCUGCUCUACUUCAAAAUGCAUUCACUGCCGUUUUUGAGUUGAUGGGACAUGUAGUAGAGAGAUGUUCUCAGCUCCAGGAUGUUUCUUCAAGCUACACUUUACCUGCUAUUCUGGUUUUUGUUGAAUGGCUAGCUUGCUGCCCGGAUGUUGCAGCGGCUAGCUCUGCGGUGGAUGAGAAACAGUCAAUUACUAGAUCACAUUUCUGGAAACAUUGCAUAUCAUUUCUGAAUAAGAUCUUGUCAAUUAGACCGAUGUGCAUUGAUGAUGAUGAAGAUGAGACCUGCUUUUUCAAUAUGAGCAGGUAUGAAGGAGAAACUGAAAACCGUCUUGCCUUGUGGGAGGACUUUGAGUUGAGAGGGUUCUUGCCUCUUGUUCCAGCACACACCAUUUUGGACUUCUCAAGAAAGCAUUCCUUUGUAAGUGAUGCCAGUAAGGAAAAGAAAGCCCGUAUAAGAAGAAUUUUAGCAGCAGGGAAGGCUCUAGCUAAUGUCAUUAGGGUUGAUCAGAAAACUGUUUGUUUUGAUUCGAAAGCAAAGAAGUUUUUUAUUGGUGUUGAACCUUCCAAAGAUGUCACAUUCAGCCCUUCUACCCCAUUAGCAACAAACGGUAUAGGGCAUGAAACCCCUUCUGAGAAGACAGUUAAUGUUGGAAAUGUGCUGCCAAUUACCCAACCUAUAACAGUUGGGGAAGAGGAUGAUGAUGAUGGUGAUGAAGUGAUUGUUUUCCAGCCAGUUGUGAGUGAGAAGAGAACUGAGGUGAUUAGUCCAAAAUGGCCCCACCCCAAGUCUUUGAAGCUUAACCAAAGUAGUUCUGCUGGUGAUCUCAAAUUUUAUGGCAGUACCGUGUCUUCUCCUCUUGAUAGUCUUAACCAGCAUAAUAUUUUUGGUGCUAGCGCAAUGCCUGUGUCUGCUGGAAACAUUCUCCCUCAGUAUCUGCAGCCUGUUCAGAUGGAUGCAUCUCGGUGGUCAGUGGAAGAAACUAUGUCUCGGGUUAAUGGCUUGAAUGGUUUGACGAUGUUGGAGGAUGGGCAUUUGAAAAAACUGGAUAUGCAAGAGAAUGUGGGCCUUUGUGCUGCUACUCGUUCUAUUGCUAUCCAACAACCCAUCAGUUCUGGUGGUAUGUACUACUGUCAAACAAAAGUGCCAGAAACAGUGAUGCCAUCCAGAAUUGAUGCCGUUGUGUCAUCUAGAGUUACUGGUGAUGCCUUGUCUGUUAAAACCACCUCAGCUUCACAAAUUGGAAUGCGGAAGAACCCAAUUAGCCGUCCAGUUAGGCAUCUUGGUCCCCCACCAGGUUUUAGCCCUGUUCCUUUAAAGCCACCAAGUGAAUCUGUUUCUGCUUCAGAUUUGGAGAACACGCUGAUGGAUGAUUAUAGAUGGUUGGAUGGAUAUCAGUUAUCAUCAUCUCAUGCAGAUACCCUGUAUGUCAAUAACAGCAGCAAUGAUGUGACUGGAACAGUAAGCUUUCCUUUCCCUGGGAAACAAGUUCCAAUGGUGCAGUUUCAAAUGGAAAAGCAGAAAGGAUGGCAGGACUACGAUACUCUUGAGCAUUUAAAAAUUCAACAUGAACAGAAGUUGCAGCAACAACAAAUCAUGAAUGGAAACCAGCAGUUCACCUCCCUGCCUGAGCAGCAUAAAGGACCAUCAGUCUGGACAAGUCGUUAUUUUGUGUGAGAUCGAGCUGGUUCUUGAGAAUGAUUUCCAUGAAUGUAUUGCAUCUCAUCCAUUUGCUGCCAAAUUCAAGACCAAGUUUGAAGCAUUGUCAGUGUUGAGUUGUUGGAGCAUGGGUGGCUUUGGCUUCUAGCUGGCACUUGCUGCUAAACAACUUUCGCCAGAUCUGUGGUGGAAGAUCGAGGAAACCAUCUUUAAGAUGCGAAACUUGCCUUCAGUGUUUACUUGGGAUAAAGAUAGAACAUGUUAAUAACUGAUCAUCUGUUGGUUUUGGGGCUAUAUAUAUUGAGGAGUUGGUUGAAUAAACUUGUCCUACCGUCCUAUUAAUUUUCGGUGGCCUGCCUAAACUGCUGUUAGAAUCUGCACUUGGCAGUCAGUCAUAUAUAUAUAUAUGUAUAUAUGAUCGACUAGUUCUCUUCAGACGAGCUUCAUAACUCAGUCAAGAAAUCUACUAGGUAUGAUCUGCGUAUCAGCCGUUGGACGGUGGGGAUUGGGAUUACAGUGGUGCUUUUGAUUAAGCCGCCAAACAUGUGGGUGAGUAUUGAGUGAUGUGUGGGUCAAAGACUUAUUAUUAUGUCUAGAAUGAGUGGUUUGGAAGACAGAGAAGUGUCCUUUGUUAAAGUUGGGUUUCACUCAAACUUGUCAUGUAAUGAAAUAAUAAAUCUAUGAAUAAAUUUGUUUCUCGGUAUAA